AUGGAUCCAAGGUUCCCUGUCACUCGCGAAGAUCUGUACAGCCUACAGAUGGAAGUGAAGCAAGUACAGUACACCCAAAGCAGCCAUGCCGAACGACUCUUGCGAUUGGAAAAGCGACAGGCGGAUGAUGCCGCGCUGAAGUCGGUCUGGAAUUCUCCCUUUCCCGGCGUCCUCAGCGGCACUCCUCAAACAGGUCCUGUCACAAUCCCUCACAAUGACAUGUUUGAUGAUUUGGAUGAGCAAGGAGAGCAGCUCCUGGGAUCACUUCAUCUUGGCCCAGCAGAGGAGGAGCCGGUCCGACGAGGCGCUGCUUCUCGAGCCAAUAGUGUUCGCUUCGAUGAAAGCGCCUUGCACGGUUCCAACUGGGCAGGCCCGAGCAACCGUCAUUCAGGCGAGUUUGUGCCCAUCCGCCCUGGCAGCGGCCUCAUGAUGGAACGCUCGCUAUCCCACAAGUCGGAUGGGAGGCACAGCUCUGCCGGGCACUCGGUGCACUCUCACCACUCUGUUGCUUCUGGCCGAGCUAGCAGUUUGGGUCUUGACAACAAUUUUGCGGUUGGCGACGACGACGACGAUUCUUUCGAUAUUCCUGGUCCUCCUCCUGCUUUCUUCAUCCUUGGGACGGUUCCCUCGAUCGUGCGCUGCUGGCUGACGCCCAACUUUGGACAUUCCACCUUGCUUUAUGCCGACGUCUGCAGUGGAUCGCAGAAAUCCGUUGUUGAAUACUCGCUUCUUAGGGAGCUGGACCUGGUGGAUGAAAUUCAACGUGAUGUUGACGGGGCUUAUCGGGUGAGACUGAACGUCUACUUUGCUGAAGCCGUCGUCACGCAUCAUGGCAGUCGCUCUAGCAGUCCUAGAGGCCCAGUCCCUUCCAUCACCGUCUUCUUUGACGUUUCUGGCAUAACUGAGCAGCCACUGCAAACCUCGGAUCGGAAGACUAUUCGCAUCUACUUGGGUAGUGAUGCGCUGCGGGCUCACUCGGCGGACAUCCUCUUCUCACAGAACACCAUGACGCUCUAUGGCGAUGAGCGAGAGCGGCUGCAGGUGCCCUUUGUGCGCCCCGAGGAUGAUGCCGUGUUUCGGAAUAUCUGCACCACCAAUGUGAUUCCCGAGAAGCCCAAAUUGAAUGCCAAUGCUGCCCCUUUCGUCUCGGGCGACAUGGGACAGGUCAGUCAGGAGAGCAUUCCCGAUAUGGACCCCAUCCCCCACCAAGACGACGAGUCCCGGAGCGAGAUGUCCCCGAUGGCUACCGAGGCGGUUCCCAGCAAACGCCCAAGCUCCCACGGCAGCCUGUCUGAUGUUAGCAGGGAGAAUGAGAGGCCGAGAAGGGACACCAACGGCGACGAGGCUCCAGUCAAAGGAGGGCACAGUAGAGCGGUGUCGACCGAUUCCCGACGAGACACAUCCUCGGGCAUCUGGGGAUCCUGGCGCCAAGGAACGGGUAACGGAGCCGAUGGCGUACAGCGAGAUGGUCCAUUGAGCGGAUACCAACCGGCAGGCCGGGGCCGCAACAUGAAGGUCCUGAAACCUCAGAAAUCGGGCUCGACAUCUGCGCGUACAGGUGCUUCGUAUGAGCCGCCGCCUCCGUCCAAAGGGGCCGGAGAGGGUCGGCGCAAGAGCCAAGCCAGCAUCGGAGAGAACGGCGCUAGCCCCGUCAACCGAUGGGAUGUGAAGCGUGUCGGUAGCAUCGGCGGUGACUCGAGGCCUCAGACGCAGCCACAGCCUCUUACGCCUCGCGAGGCGCGCAACGCCAAUACGUUGCCCAGAUCAGCCAACCCGGUCGGAGUCGCAUCGGCGUUUUCAUGGAUGACACCAACGUCGAAGCCCAAGACGACAGCAGGAUCUGAUUGA